ACUACUACAGAAGCUCCAGAGAUAACUACUACAGAAGCUCAAGAGAUGACUACUACAGAAGCUCCAGAGAUAACUACUACAGAAGCAGCAGAGGAAACGACUACCAAAGGAGCAGCAGAAGAAACGACGACAGAAGCAGUGAUAACUACUACAGCGGCACCAAAGAUAAUUACUACAGAAGCACCAAAGAUAACUACCACCGUAGCAGCUGAGGCAACGACUACAGAAGCAUCAGAGAUGACUACUACAGAUGUUGCUGCAGAGGUAACUACUACUGCAGCAGUAGAGACAACCACUACAGAAGUAGCAGAGGUAACAACUACAGAAGCAGCAGAAAUAACUACUACAAAAGAACCAGAGACUACUACUACAGAAGGUAUGUCUGAUGUUACCAUUUCUCAAAACCGUUUCAUGUUUUCGUUUUAAUUUCACUGACAC